AUGGAGCUACCAAGAGCUUUACUCGCCCUCUUUCUUCAGUUCGUCCUCUUUCCUCUAGUAACAGCUUUCCCUCGUCCCCUAAAUACACGAGACGAUGAAGUCUUUGCCCCCAAAGUCAUGAUCAUCUCAAUGUGGUCUCCCGAAGCUGCAGUCUGGCACGAACGCCUCCCAGGCUCAAAUCUAGGCAACCUCGCCUCCAAAACUAUUCACGCCCCUGGCCUUUCCAUGCUCUUCCCCUGCGCCACCUGUACUGAAGAUGGAAAUAUCUGCCAUGUCACCAUCGGCGAAGGGGAGAUAAACUCCGCCGCUUCACUCAUGGCUCUCAUGCUCUCCCCCAAGUUUGACUCUCGCCAUACCUACUUCCUCGUCGCCGGUAUAGCUGGCGUGAAUCCCAAGUACGGUACUCUUGGCUCAGUCGCCAUCGCUCGUUAUUCAGUCCAGGUUGCGCUGCAGUAUGAGAUCGAUAUACGAUCUCUUCCUCCAGGCUGGCCCACUGGGUAUAUCUCAUAUGGUCGUGAUCAGCCUUAUCAACAGCCCUUUAUCACAUAUGGCACUGAAGUCUUUGAACUCAACGCUCAACUGCAGAAUGCUGCAUACAAGCUCGCAUCCAAGGCUCAGCUGGAAGAUGCGAAUGGACCAAAGGAGUAUCGUGCACUCUACCGCCGAAUGGGCGAGACAUAUAAGAGUGCCUCUCAACCUCCAUCUGUCAUCAAGUGCGACACUGCUACGAGUGAUGUAUACUACUCUGGUAGCAGACUCUCCGAGUCCUUUGAGAAUACUACCAAAGUGUGGACGAACGGCACUGGCGUCUACUGCAUGAGCGCUCAAGAGGAUAAUGCAAUCUUGGAAGUCCUCGUCAGAGCAGCGAUUGCAAAGAUCUGCGACUUCUCAAGAGUCAUGAUCUACAGGACAGGUUCCAACUUUGAUCGUCCUCCUCCUGACUACACCGACCUAGAUCAUCUCACCGCCGCCAAACAGAAUGGCUUCUCAAUCGCCAUUGCCAACAUUUUCAACGCAGGCAUUGAGAUCGUCAAAGGCAUUAUUGAAGAUUGGGACACCACGUUCAAAGAUGGUAUCAGAGCAGAGAACUACAUUGGAGAUAUCUUCGGUAGCCUCGGUGGUGAGCCUGACUUUGGCUUUGGCAGUUUGACCCAUGGUGAGCGUAUUGGGCCACAUAGUAAGAGCAGUGCAUUGGCGAAUAGGGAGAUGGAUAGACGAAGAAUCUUGACGCAGAAGUCUUUGCGGAAGAUCUAA